ACACUGGACCUCCUCCAGACAGAAUAUAAAAGCUGGGACAGUCCCACUGCUGAGACAGAAAGCAACACAGAGGAGAACAGACACUUGAACAGUGUUUCAUCUCACAACAAGAAGACUCGACACUAAACACACACUGAAGAUGAUGUGUUCUCAUGGAUUCCAAUCUGCCCUCAGUCCAUUCAUGGACUUUUACUGGCCUGUACGCAGUCUGUGGCCAGAGGUCAGACCUCUGCUCCACCAGCAGAAUCUACUGCAGAGAAACCUACAGGAGCUGUGCAGCAGUCUGGAACUGAUGGACAAACUUCAACACAAGAUCCUGGAGGAGACAGAGCCUUUCCAAAGCAGUGUGGCCAUGCAACCAGUCUCCUACCAGCUAGAGAAAGAGGGAGAAAACUUUGGCCUGACCCUGGACACUCAAGGCUUUUCCCCAGAGGAGCUGUCUGUCAGACAGGUGGGCAGGAAGCUGAGAGUCAGCGGGAAGUCCGAGAAGAAGCAGGAGGACGGGAAAGGCUCCUACUCUUAUAGACUCCAGGAGUUCAGACAGGAGUUUGAUCUGCCUGAAGGUGUGAACCCCGAAGCCGUCACCUGCUGCCUGGCUCCAGACGGGAAGCUCCACAUCCAGGCAGCCAAAGGUCCAUGUGCAGAGGAGGCUGACAGAGAGCUGACUAUCAACAGGAGCUUGGAGUAGAAAACACAGUAGAGUGUGUGUUCACACACACAGGGAAGCAGCACAAAGACAGAUGACAACACACAAGACAAACCUGAACACACAGACUGAUCACAAUGUUGUUGUGCCAAUAGAAAAUUAAAUGAUAAUGAUAUGUGCCUUCUGUAUCACUAAGUUUAUUAAAAAUUUAAACAAUGUUUUCCUUAAUCAUAACUACUUAAUUCACAAUAAAAUGAAUACAAUAAAA